AUGCGCACGUCAACCAACGAUACCCCCGGAGUAGCAGGUGCCGUACGACGCUUCUGGCAGCGCUCAUACGCCGCUGAUUAUGUUGGCUUCGUGUUACUUGUUGCUGCCUAUGUAUACGUCCAACUUCUAGAACCCUUCCAUCGCAUGUUCACCUUGGAUGACCAUGCGAAGCAAUAUCCUCACGCUCAGGUUCAGCGAGUCUCCUCUGGAGAGAAUAUAUUAUACGCUGGGAUCGGGCCUCUGAUCUUCAUCGUGGCGUGGUCUCUAGUCUUCCGGCCCGGCUUCCACAAGGCCCAUGUCACCAUCUUCGGCCUCUUCAUCAGUGUCUUCCUGACCUCGCUGUUGACCGACAUCAUCAAAAAUGCCGUGGGACGUCCGCGGCCGGAUUUGAUCGCCCGGUGCAAGCCCAAGCCAGGAACCCCCGAGCAUGAGCUCGUCACCAUCGACGUGUGCACCGAGCUCGACCAUCACGUCCUUCACGACGGGUGGCGAAGCUUUCCCAGCGGUCACAGCAGUUUUGCCUUCUCUGGACUGGGCUACUUUGCCCUUUUCCUGGCCGGUCAAUUUCGCAUAUUCAGGCCACGAACCGACCUCGCCAGAGUCCUGAUAGUGCUCGCCCCUCUGAUUGGCGCCUCACUCAUUGCAAUGUCCAGACUGGCCGACUACCGGCACGACGUAUUCGAUGUCACCGUUGGAAGCAUCCUGGGUAUGUUAGUGGCUUGGUUCUCCUACCGACGAUAUUACCGCCCACUUAAGCACCCGCAAUGCGAGGUGCCGUAUCCUAGUCCUUGGGAAUACGCUACAGCGAAGGGCCCCAAGAGAGCACGGGAUGUGGAAACUGGACGGGACGAGGACUUUUCCAUAGAGGACCUUUCCGAGGAUGAGGCACAAGCAUAUCCUCUCACCGAUCCACGGGCAACACGGUCCACGGAACUACAGCAGAGCCACCAGCCGCCCUAG